AUGAUAGAAGCUGGUUUCCACCUUAGGGAAGACUGGCGACGCUCUCUUCCUUCGGAUCAUAAUGCCUUAGUGGCGGUGUUCAGUGGUCGAACAGGUUUGCGUCUCAGGCCACCGCGUCCACGACACGGUUGCGGAAGAUGGGGGGUAAUUGCAGAACCACUCCAAGCUGCUGCAGCUGAUGCAUCUUUUACGUUCUCUCAGGAUACCUUUGCUAGCCUCUGUCAGCAGCACUCCUACAGGCUUCCUUCUCGGAGGUACAGAGACCCCCCGGAAAUCAAGGAGCUCAUCCGACUUCGGAAAGUUUGUGCAGAACCCCCCCAGAGAGAAAGCCUCGCCCAGCAGAUCGCCCAAGAAAGGUCCCUCGCACAGAAGCGCCAUAAGCUAGAUUUGCUGGAAGCUGCCAGAGCCGGGGAUCGAGGGGCAAUCGGCCAUCUUCGUCGUAGCUCUGCCCAGAGCUACUCAGAUGGUAGUCUACUGGAACGGUUGGGAGGUCAUGACCAGGCCUGUGACCAGGUCAAGUCAUUCUACCAGCAGAAAUACAGUCGCUCUGUAGGUGAGAGUGAGGUCACUAGCGUACAAAAAGAGGCCCUCGAGGCAAAGCAUGCUGGGGCACCAUUCUGUCCGGUGACUGACGAGGAGAUCAGGGUUGCCCUUAGCAAAGUAAAAACCUCAACGGCUACAGGUCUGGACUCAGUCUGUUACACAGCUAUCCAGGCGUUUCACCAACAGGACACCCAAGGGAAGCUGGCCUCCUUUUUCAGUCGCAUAUUAGGAGGUGAAGUGCCGGUGCCUAAGGAGUGGCUAAUCGGGAAAAUUUGCCUCAUCCCCAAGGUCCAGAGACCUUCCAGGGUACAAGAUCUCCGCCCCAUUAGUCUCACUCCGUGCCUUGGCAAACUCUUUAGCAAGAUCAUCAUGCAACGACUCCGCCGCACCCUCCCUCCUUUCCAGGCAGGGCAACAUGCUAAUCGUCCUGGAACACAAGCUCUGGAAGCGGUCGUAGCGGCACAGUCUACCAUGAAACUUUACAAACAAGCCACAGGCAAAAGGCUUCUGGCCUGCAAGUUAGACAUCAAACAAGCCUUCGACACGGUUUCUCACCAAGCGGUCUGGCGGUACCUUUACGAUGCGGAGGCCAGCAGGGAAAGUCUUGUAUUGUGGCAACUCUGCUGCAAUACGGAGGUUAGACUUCAAUUGGGUUCCCGAUCUUGGUCCCAGGAGCUAGAGCGAGGGUUGCUUCAAGGCACGUCUUACAGUGCUGAUCUUUUCUCUAGGAUCAUUGACCACUUUUUGGGUGGACUUCUUCGUCGUUGGCAAGCAAGCGAACAUGAAGUGUUCACUAGGUAUGAUCUGCCGCAUGCCCUUCUGUUUGCUGACGAUAUUCUUCUGUUCGGCACAGACACGAAGGAACUUCAGAUCAAGCUUCGGGAUUUGCAGUUGACUUUGGAAUCGAUCGGGCUCCAGUUGAACUUGUCCAAGUGCAACAUUCUCGAUGAUGAGGACGGCACUACGCCAGGGAUCUGGGGCAGGAAUGCAGCUGCACCGAUCGCGGGGGCUGAAUCCAUCCUUUACCUUGGUGUUCCCUUGUGUUAUGGAGGAAAUGCGUUAGGAGGCCUUGGUGUUUCCUUGGCAAAAAUGUCCUCAGCCUUUUUUGGGUUGAGGAGACUUUUUGAUCAUCCUGAUACACCUGUUUCCGAGAAACUUUUGCUUUUCCAGACGUAUAUCACUUCGAAAUGGUCCUGGUGUGCCCCGGCGGUGUAUCCUAGUGUCCAAGCGUUGCGGAGUUUGGAAUCCUUCAAACACACCUUGCUGUUAUCGCUUUUGAAGUUGCAGGUUGAUCCGUUGCAGCCGUUCCUAGCAAAUGUACUGGCACGUCGUCGAGCUGUCAAAGUGACGUGUGAAGUGUUCAAAUCAGUGAGAUGGGGCGAGCUCUGGCUGACCCGGUUGUGGAAUUUCUGGGGACACGUCUUCCGUAGCAAAGCUGACCUUCCCAUACACAGGAUCGUGUCCAAAUGUGCCACGUGGAGAAUCGUCACCGGCAGGACUCAGCCUGGCCCUCUGACUCUUUUCACGCCAAGGAAGCUACAACUUGCCUGGAACAAAAUGCGAGGGACCUCGCCUUGGCCGGAUGUCGAGAGCCUCGCUCAGGAACGCCCAAUUUGGACCCAGGCGCUGAAGGACUGGCUCCGUAAAUGGGGCUAUACAGGACCUGAUCGUGCCAGAAUGCCUGCCAAUUAUCUCUGUGAUAGGCAACUGCUGUUGGUUGGGAAAGCUUUGGCGAUUCUGAGACCAGCCCGUCUCUUUCCGGAAGAGCCGUAUAGUCGAGAGGUCCAGCAUGUACUUCGAGGAGUCCCUAGGACUACCCAGUGGACUCUGUGGAUAAGCAUGCCUGACCAAGGCAUUGAAGUCAGAGUGAUCCCUCCUAAACGAUCAGGUGGCAAAGUGCUCGUGAUUCAGGCAAACCAGGAUGGGUCUCAGGGUCUCCUGCACAGGCGCCUUCAGGUCUGGGAAAGUAUUCGUCAGGUCUGGCUCUGGAUGCCCUUCUUGUGGGAACAGAAGGCGGCCAUCUUUCUGCCACCUGGAGCUUUUGCCUCACACAUAUGGUGUCAACAAGUACCGCUUGACCAAUUGUGGAGGGCGAAUAGGCUGCACACCUUUGAAGUCAACCAAGACCUGCUGUCUUUCUGUUUCCUACAUCCCAAGAAAACUCCCGAUUGGUUGGUACACCAGUUGCAGGGACCCUUCGGUCCUUUUCCUGACGGACGCAGUAUAUUGACCCGACAUGCAGACUUCAGCCACGCGGUGUACCAUGCAGCAUUCCCUCUGCACUUCCCGUUUCCCACUGUUGUUGAUCUUACGUAG